AUGAAGCUUGGCGCUCUCGAUACGUUCUUCAAGCCUACGACACCAAAAAAGGUCAAAUACGAAUCCAACUCCGGCAAAUCCAACCAUGCAUUCUAUCCGUUUCCAAUCUCACAUCUGCCUGUCUCAUUCAAGGAGCAACUGGGAUUUGCACCAGCGGAAGAGGGUGUCUUGAUGAACGACAAACUUGAUCUGGACCUUGUAUACUAUCAGCCAUAUAUACCACCAACUAUCACCGCAGGACUGUUCGAGUUCCUGCGCCAGGAGUUACCAUUCUAUCGUGUGCAAUAUACAAUCACUCGCUUUGGCAAGACGACAGACAUCAACACGCCACGCUUCACUACUGUCUUCGGUAUCGACCAGACAUGCCGAUUCGAUACAAACGGCAACAUCAAAGACGUCCAGACGGACAAGACAUUGGAAGCCUCCAAAUUCAAAUGCAAUCCACGUCCCAUCCCACAAUGCUUGGAUGAGCUGCGCAGGAUCACCGAAGGUACGACCGGUCAUACCUUCAACUUCUGCCUGGUCAACUACUAUGCCCAUGGGAAAGAUAGCAUUUCUUACCACUCCGACGAUGAGCGAUUCCUCGGUCCGAACCCAGCCAUAGCGUCCUUUACGCUGGGUGCGAAGCGGGACUUUCUCAUGAAGCACAAGCCCAUCGCGCCCAAAGAAGGCGAAACGACGUUGGAUCCUGGACAGAUCAAGCUACCGCUAGGCUCGGGGGACAUGGUGCUAAUGAGAGGAAAAACCCAGUCGAUGUGGUUGCACAGUAUACCUAAGAGAGCCGGUGUGGACGCGAACAAGGGAAGAAUAAACAUCACGUUUCGAAAAGCGCUCGUCAGGGGAGGUACAGAAAACUAUUACCAAUAUAAUGUCGGGACGGGCGGUGUGUACAGAUGGGAUGCUAAGCAGGAGAAAAUGGUUCUCAGCGAGCGAGAAGGAGUUACAAAAGCAUAG